GUAAUGGAUAUAUAGCAAAAUCAAUCAAAAAUUUCGAAAAUAUUAAAUAAUAUUUAAGAUUAAAAGAAAACAAUGAUAAAAUGGCUAGAGAUUAAUUAACAUCAGAAUUAGACAAAUAAGAAUUCGAUAUUUUAAAAAAAUAUAAAGAUCAUGGAAUGAAUGAUCCUUUAGUUGAUGUAAGUUUAAUUAUGGAAUAAAUCGAUAAAAUUUAGGUUUUAAGAAAUCUAAAAAUGAUUGAAGAAAAUGAAUCUGCAUAUGACCCUGAAUUAGUUAGAUAUGAGAAGCUUAAAGCUAGGGUAUUACUAGAUGAACCUGGGGCAUAUGAAGAAUUAUAAUAGUACAUGUAAAAUCGUUCUUAUCAUAAAAAUUAUGAAAAAAUAGAUCCUUCAGAAGAAACAAUUAAAUAAAAAGUUUUAUUUUGAAAUAGAAUCUUUUUUUUUUUUUUUUUU